AUGGCAUUGAAUAAGGCUGCAUGGCUUCACAAAGCCGGCACUCCAUUGGAAGUUGGUGACGCGCCCAUGCCGAUUCCUGGCCCCAACGAAAUCAUUGUUCAAAACUCCGCGAUUGCCAUCAAUCCACUAGACACCCAUAUGCAGGAUGUUGGAGUCUUCGUGCAGCAAUGGCCCGCCAUCUUUGGCUGCGAUGUGGCUGGCACAGUGUACGAAGUGGGAUCGGAAGUACAGCACUUCAAAAAGGGGGAUCGCGUUAUUGGGCAUGCAGUCAACCUAGUCACUGGAAAGCCUCAGGACGGCGCAUUUGCUCUUUACACAGCUGUACCGGCGGACAAAAGUGCUAUUCUUCCUGACACCAUCCCGUUCACUCAAGGAGUUGUAGUAGCUUUUGCUCUUGAAGCCGCCGUUUGUGCGCUCUCAGUCAGGCAGCCGGGCAUCGCAAUGCCUGGUGUAUCCACCCCUGCUCUCGGCCUGCCGUAUCCAUCACUGGAAACCGCGUCUUCAAACAAAGUUCUCAUUGUUUACGGUGGUUCUUCCUCUGCCGGUUCGAUGACCACGCAGUUAGCAACAGCGGCCGGCAUCACUGUUAUUUCCAUCGCCAGUGAGCAAAACUUUGGCCUCUGCAAGAGCUGUGGCGCGGCCGAGGUUUUCGAUUACCACGAGCCAUCUUUCGUUGAGAAAGUUAUUGCGGCAGCUUCGAAAUACAAGGGAGAAUUCGUGGGCAUCUUUGAUGCUAUUUCCACCCCGGAAACGUAUGCAAACGACCUUGUCAUUCUCAAUGAACUGGGAGGAGUCCAUUUGGCCUGUGUACACCCUCCACCCGAGAAUGUCCCCGAAAAUAUUAAAGCGGGAAUGAUCUUUGCGGUCAACGAUGUCGCUACCCCAGUUUGGAGAGACUAUGUAACGCCAGCAUUGCAGGCGGGCAAACUCAAAUGCCUUCCUCCUCCGACCGUUGUCGGAAAGGGGUUGGAAAAUGUCGAUGAGGCGCUCAAGAAGUGUAAAGCGGGUGUCAGCGGAACGAAGUUGGUGGUGGAACUUUAG